GUGGGGGCUCAUCGGAACCGGAUCAUCUAUCUCCGGCCUCUGGAUACCUCAACACCACGAAACCCAACCAGACGCCAUCGCAAGGUCAACAAUCAGCCUCAAACCUCCAAUUGUCAAAAUGUCGUCCGCGCCCCAUUUCUGGUCUACACCCUUCCGCUACUGCCGCUGGGCAGCCGUCGAGAAGCCCGCCCUCUUCUGGUCCGUCAUCAUCGGCGGCAUUGGUCCCGUCAUGAUCUACCCUAUCCGCUCGCUACGCUACAACGUCUUCAACGACCCCGAUCCUCCUGCUAUCCCCAACACAUACCCCAUCCCGUCCGGGCCACGAAAACAACUGACCGGCUACGAUGACGAAUAACCGAACUUGAGGGCGAUGGGCACUUGUACAUAUAGCGCGGUCUUUCAGGUAGAGAAGCAGGAGACGCCGGCACUCAAUUCGACGAAGUGGUUAUUUUGUUCAUUCACGCUUGGCUUGCUGAAAAUGACAUAAUGUCUGCUACCACCAAUUGCAAGUUCAAACCUCGAAACGCCCGCUGUCCUUUCUAUGUGGAUUUUCCCAUCUAUGCACGGGUCAUGUUGGUGGUUUGGGAGCAACGCUUCGCCGCCACGAACUCCUCUUCGGCCGGCGGAGGCUCUAUCUGUCCCGACCUGCAAAGUUCCAUUCGUACUGCCUACCGUCAGCUCGGGUCUCCAUACUAGGAUUCAGGAAUACUUACCACACGCCCAUCGUCGUCACCAG